UUAUCAGGGCUGAAGUCAUGUCAACAUCCAUUUUCCGAAGGGUAUGAACCUCUAUAUUUUAGCAAUAAUAAAACUGACAUGCCCACAAACUGCAGCCUUCCCCCACAAUUUGGCAGUGUAGUGUAUUGAUGCACCGAUUGAUCUCUUGCUGUCCACAGAGAGAGAAGUGCAUACAUGAUAGCAAUCAGCUUUAUCCUGUUGGAAGAAAGUACUGUUUACUUUUGCAUCUUCUCGAAAAUGGGCCUGCCCUGCUCCAAUUUUCCUCCUCCCAAAUUGUAACGUGAACUUUUCACAUCAAUUGACUAAUCGAUACUGUGUGCUUCAUAUUUUCAACAUUGCAAACUGAACAUCAAUUUUCAUGGGGCUGUCAAGUCUUAUGACAAAUUUGAAAAGUUUUGUUUUAGCCAAUUGUACCUUUUCUUUCGGUUUUUACAACAAUAGUUUGAUCUUGGCCAAUUUUAAAAUAAAAGCUGGAAGAGAUAAAGAUCUGAAUUUAUUCGACGGUUUCCGUCAGCAACAUGUCCUGGUCUGCCUCUGUCCUUAGAGAAGCAGUUUUCAAAGUUGGGCUCGCUCCAACAGAACACACUGAGCUUCAAAGUGACUUCGGCACUUUCCGCUCUUAAGCAUGUUCGGCUCUUUCCGCCAGCACCCAUUGCCUGCUAUAACCAGGAGCUUGUCCGCCGCAAGUUCCAGUCUCCCUGUCGCUCAUUUGCAGUUGUCAAGUCUCUUGCUCCAAAAUGUGUGAGAGAGAAACAAAUAGUUACACGGGGAAGGAAGUCAUUCCUCUGCAGCACUUUGCAUAGUCUGCAAGAAACUGCGACCUCCACACUCAGCGUCAGGACGCAGAGGUUUCACCUGUGCGCAUUUGAAGAUGAGUGGUUAACCCCCGUGCAUAUGUUGGAGUGUCGGCUUGACUCAAACACCAGAACUACAGAUUUCUUUUGAAAAAAGCAGUGAAUAAAACCUAACUUGAGCUGGAAAUGAAAGUCAGACUGCAAGCAUGAAGUUUUCAGACUGAGAGAAGGAAGUUACCAGCCAGCAGCCCUUCAGGAGAAGACACUGAAAUUAAACGAUAUUGGAACCUCCACAGAUUUGAGGAAGACACCACAGAAGAAAACAAAGUAAAUUCAGGUUCUGGCUGAUCUAAUGGAACAUACAGGUACUUGUGCCAGUUACUGGAGGAGCCUUAAUGAAAGAUGCUUAGACAAAUGAGACAGGUUGACUGAAUUUUAGUGAAUUUUGUAGAGUUGAAUAAUUCAAAGUGGAGCAGCCAAAAGAAGCAGAUCCCACUCCGAGCAAGUUGACCGGAGUGACCAAACAUGAGGGUGUGGACCAGAAUUCGGACCCAGGCCAUCAGAACACUGAACAUUGCAACCCCAAGAAUGACUGUGUGACCACAGAAAUGAAAGAUUUAUCUCGGCAGUCCGAGCAGCCACUGCCACCUCUUACUGAACGGAAGAAUGUUCUCCAACUCCGACUCCAGCAACGCCGAACCCGUGAGCAGCUAGCAGACCAAGGCAUCAUGCCCCCACUAAAGAGUCCAGCUGCAUUCCAUGAGCAGAGGAAAAGCCUGGAAAGAGCAAAGACGGAAGACUACUUAAAACACAAGAUUCGGAGUAGACCUGAGAAAGCAGAUCUGGUUAAUAUGCAUAUCCUACAAGAUACUGCUGCAGAGGGUACACUUCAAGCAACUCAACUGAAACUCAAGAGGGCGAGGCUGGCUGAUGAUCUCAAUGAGAAGAUAGCCCAAAGACCUGGACCCUUGGAACUCGUGAAGAAGAACAUAAUUCCUGUAGAUUCAGCCGUCAAAGAAGCAAUCAAUGUUGGCCAAGUUAAUUUCCCAAAAGCCCCUGAUACAUUUUCCUUUGAGGAAGAUAGCAGCAAUGAUGCACUGUCUCCAGAGCAACCCAGAAGUCAGGAAUCCCAGGGAUCAGAGAGUUCGCCAUCUGAGCCAAAAUUCACAGAGUCAUCAUCACCACUAGCAACUACUACAAUACAGUAUUUGCCUCACCUCUCCCAGCAGUGUGAUCUAAACAGGACUACAUCUAACAACCAGAUCAACCAGCCAGGAAGCCAAAAGCAGCUGAAUGGGCAGAUUAGCACACCAAUACCAGUGCCAGCUAUAGUUAAAACCAAACUAUCUCCUGAUGGAAAAAACCAGCGCCACAAGAAGCCAAAGGAUACAAAACCAAAGGUGAAGAAACUGAAGUAUCACCAGUACAUUCCACCAGAUCAAAAGCCAGAGAAAUCCCCACCUCCAAUGGAUUCAGCCUAUGCCAGGCUGCUCCAGCAACAACAGCUCUUCCUCCAGCUGCAGAUAUUAAGCCAGCAGCAGCACCAUCAGCAGCAUCAUUAUAAUUAUCAGAACAUUCUGGCCACAUCUCUCAAGCAGUCUGGUGAGCAGCUUUCCCGAAACACUUGCACUUCAACGACUACUGUCUCAAGCAGCAGUUUGACCCCAAUGAAGUCUGCAAUGUCCAGUCAAACCAGUGGCUCUCCAUUGAAAUUGGGACCUCUUCCAUCCAAUCUGGAUGACUUAAAAGUCUCAGAGUUAAGGCAGCAGCUGAGAAUACGAGGUCUUCCAGUGUCUGGUACAAAAACUGCACUCAUGAAGCGGCUGAAACCGUUCCAAGACCCGAAGAGCAGCCCCCUGCCGGCCAGCAGUACCAGCACGAGCUCCACAGGUUCGGUCAGCGAGAUGACGGCCGCGACGUUCCCGAUGACUCCCGUGACCACGCUCUCAACCUUUCAGACUCAGACCGCGACCACGGUGCUGCCAAAUGGAUUUUACCAGUUUGGCAGCACCAGUUCAACGCCUCCCAUUUCACCGGCGUCGUCCGAUCUCUCUGUCACCGGAUCCGACUUGAGCGGCUUACCGGAUACCUUCAGCGACGUGCCUGUGUCUUCCCCGGUUCACCUGAGUGCCGAAGACAGCCUGAUGAGUAGCAUGAAUGGAGGCAGCAUCCAGGUGGAACUGGACGGCUUUGACACCCAGAAGGACAAAAUGCUCAUGGAGAAGCAGAAAGUUAUCGACGAGCUGACUUGGAAGCUGCACAUGGAGCAAAAGCAAGUGGAGGAACUGAAGAUACAGCUUCAGAAGCAGAAACAGAAUAAUCAGCAUGACCCACAGGCUUCCUCCCAGGCACUCUUCAGUGCAGCUGUUAAGCAGGAAAACCUGAUGUCCAGUUGCCCAUUUGCAGCACAGCAGGUGAAAGACAGAAAUACAACGCCGAUGAUCUCCUCCACAUCCAGCAACAGUUCUACAGAGAGUUUGAACACAUCCGGUACCCCAUCGGGAAUGGCGACCAGUCAGGCGUGCGUGGAAGCUGCAGAGCACAGUGCAGUGAGGUCCCCACCAUUUCUGAGUCCACAGUGCUCCCCUCAGCAUUCUCCAGUGGGAGGCCUGACCAGCAGCCCUCAGCAUGCCAGCCUUCCCCCAUCUCCCAACAAUCAUUUCCUCCUGCCGGUGUCGCCCGCCCCCCAGAAUGGAGACGGCCGCAGUGUUUCACCCCAUCAGCUUCAGUCCAUUCCCACUUGCAGCAGCCAACUCAAGAUGCAGGCCACAAAGGGACAGGAGCCUCAGCACCAAAAUGGCAGUCCACAAUUCCAACAGCUCCAACAACAUAUAAUACGACAGCAGAUACUCCGAAAGAUGAAUGCUCCUAACUCUGCAAAUCAACUUGGCCAAAAGUUUGUCAUCAAUACUACUCCAUUCUGUAGUUCAAACUCAACCCUUAACAAGAUCAAACAACCUCCUUCUUAUGAAGAUGCAGUGAAACAGUUUAAUCUUGUAUAUCUGCAGCAAAUGUCUAGAAGCCAGAUGGACGAUCUAUUGGACGUGCUGAUUGAGAGUGGAGAAAUGCCACCUAAUGCAAAAAAUGAUCAUCACUGUGCUCAGAAAUCACUGCCUCAAAUCACAGUAUCAUCAGGAACUUCCACUGUAUCUGUGCCUAGGACUUCAUCAAGUCCUUUUAGCCAUAUGUCUCCUCCCCAGCUAUCGUUUGACCAUUGCACCAGCAACAGCGACAGUCAGCUACAAGCCCUGAUGAAUUCCCGCAGUUCUUUGAAUCGCGGCAGCGAUCUUGCACUGCUGAAAAUUGGCAGUGAAGAUUCCCAGCUAGACAACGUGGCUGAGGGCUUUUCUGGUAACUCCCGAGAGGACAUGCUGAACACGCGAGAUAUCCUGGAGAAUCCCCUGUCACCGAUGGAUACCCAGAUGUCCCCUUCUCCCACACAUGCCCAUGUUAUGAACCUAGGUCUUACAGAAACUCCCUUAGAGAACAUGGACUGGUUGGAUCUCACACCACCUAGCUCAGCAGCCGGUUUUGGACCUGCUGGCUCCACCACACCAAGUAUCUUCUCCGCAGACUUCCUGGAUGUUACAGACCUGAACUUAAACACAACCAUAAAUUUACAAUGGUAAUAGGCUGAGUGGGCUACAAACUAUAAGUACAUUUGGCAUCAUUCGAAUUGGGGUGUUAAGUAAAAUGCAAGUAUACUGCUAAGGUAUACCAGUCAAAGAAGUCAUGCUGGCAAAGGUAAAGUUAAUGAAAUGAUCCAAUUGAUCAACCGUAAGAUGAUUAUAUGGUUGUUGCAUGUAAUAAUAUCCAGGUUACUGAAAGAGUUAAAAGCUUUAUAAACUGCGUUCACCAUGUUUUACUGGAAGCAAAGUGAACAUAAAAUCCAUUGCCAAAGAGUCUACGUCUAAAUCCGACUGAAUUGGCAGGAAAGGUCUAAAAGGACUGAGAAUAUUGGCCAACUCUCAUUCUGGCCUUGUGCACACAAUCUGCAUUAUACCUUUUGUACAUAGUCUACAUUUGCCCUUAUCUUUUGCAAGACUUUUUAUAACUUUUAUCGAGAAAAGAAUUCUUUACUAGACAAGCAAUAUUUGCUAUCCCGAAUAUUGAAAAGUAUUACAAUACUGGCGUCUUUUCUGAACUGCAUUUGCAAGAUCACACUACUUUAUGCAAGUAUUUGAUUAUUUGUAUUGUGAAUAUGUUAUGGUUCACUUUGCACAGUUAACAGUAGAGGAGUUGUCACUGUUUGCCUUGUUUUAGACUUUUUUUAGGUGUUAAAUUGUUAGAAGCCAUUCCAUGCAGAUGUUUGGUAGUAUUUUCAAAAAUUAUUAAGUUUAUGAAACUGUGCAGCAUAUUGCUUUGCAUUACAGAUGCUUUUUAAUAGAGUUGGUAGUGUUUGAGGGUGUUGGAGGAAAGAGGUAAUGUUUGAUAUUUGAUGAAGCAACAUGUCAAUCCCUGUUCCUCCCCUGUGCCCACACCCCCAAAAAGGGUAUCAAUUUGCCAAAUGUGGCAAUUUAUGCAAUCAUUUUAUAUGUAAAGAAAACAAAACCAAGGUAAAAAAAUAUAUUAUUUGUACUGAAGUUGUGACUCCCUACAAGCAUAGGAAAAUGUUAAACCUGAGUUCAUUGCACAGUAGCAAGCCAGCAUCAGGCUUGGCAUUAUAUGCAAUUGUUUUACAACUAACUCGGGAACUGACCAACAAAACUAUUUUUUUAUAUUUUCCACAAGUAAUCUUGAGGCCCAUAACUGACAAAAAAGUAAAUGAAACAUCAAUUUGAAAGGGAACAAUAAUGAAUUGAAAAUAGACAUCACCUGCAUCAACCCUUGUCUUAGUGUAAAGAAAAUAGUUUAUUUUUGGUAAUUUUUAUUCAAAGCAAGGAAGUGCUCAGAAAAAAAAAAGUAUUUUCAUACUAUUUUGUAUCUUAUAUUAUCCCUUUCUGCAAUGAUAUCUAAAUGAAAAGAACUUCACAUUGCUUGCUUGGAAUAACGUACUAUUCAGAAAUCCCUGGCCAGGUCAGUAUUGUGAAGUUUGAGGAAGAUCUUUGUCAAAGGAUUUGCUUGUUACCCCUUUAUAGUCAUUGUGUGGCUGAUAUAAAAUUCAUAUUGCCCUAUUCACCCUAAUUAGGUUCAAUAUUUUCAAAAGGAUUUUUUUUAAAAGUAAAGAUAUUAUGCAGUUAAUGAGUACUUAAUAUUCACAAUGUUUUCACCUGUCAUUCCUUAUGAUUAUCUAGUUUACCUCUUUGCUGAUGAUGUGCACAGCCUCCUUCAAAGAAUCAGUAAAAUGUACAGAUCAUUUUGAAGAAUGGAUGACAGGAAUCAGAAUGAUUGAAAGGGAUAAACAAUCAUCUUAAAAUGUACAUCAACCCAAGAGCAGCACUUCACGGUCCAAGUUUGUUAUUUCUCCUCCCUCUUAAUCAAUAAUAUUUCCUGAAAUGCCUUUUGAUUCAAUAAUGCCGUAAAGAUAUAAAUGAUCAUUCUAAUCUACAUAUAGUAUAUCCCAUUCCAAUGCUAAUACAUUGUCUUGUGUGAGCAGAGACUCUAUGAUAUGACAGUGGUUGCUUGUAAACUGGAUGAGGCACAUGGCGUUUAAAUUAGAUUCCCUACAGUAUGAAAACAGGCCCUUCAGCCCAACAAGUCCACACUGACCCUCCGAAGAGUAAUU